CCGAGAAUAAUCUCUCAGUUCGUCUGUCUACAUUUUGACGGUAACAUAACUCGUUUCAUAUUUGAAUCUAGGAGAAACGCACACAAAAGAAAGAUAAAGAACAAGGAUGGCGAAGGAGGGUGGAACGGUCAGAGUGUGUGGGUUACCUCAGGAUAUAAUUCAAAACAGACUGAUCGACAAGCUCUACAUUCAUUUCCUGCGGAAGAGGAAUGGAGGAGGGGACAUUUUAUCUGUCACAGUCUCCAAGACAACGCCUGGCUGUACCUUCAUUACCUUUGAGGACAGCGAAGUGGCUCGGAGAGUGGUUGAACAUCAGAAGCACACAUUAUCAGUGAAUGACAAGCAAUAUGAGCUAAGUGUGAGUUUGCACAGCAAAGAAAUGGACCCAGAUGAGCUCUUUGUGGACACAGCUGUGACAGUGGACUACAGCAAAUUGUCUGGGGGGAAAACAUCAAUAUCUAACAUCCUCAAAAACGUCUGCGACAUAAAAUGCACCUUUCACGUUCAGGCUGACCUCUGCACUUUCAAAGGUCGCUACUCAGAAGUCAAAAUCCUGACCAAGUGUCUGCUGGGACUUUUCGAAUCACAGACCUCAGAAGAUGUCCAUUCCCUUAAAGAUGAGGCCACCAAGGGUGACAAAAGAUACAACUCUACUCAAGGACAGACAGAAAGACAGCAGGACACUGAGACCUCAGGACAGGCCAAUGGACUGGAUCUAGGGGAAGGUUCCAGUAGAGCCACUGAGAGGAAUCAUGCCCUUCUUCAAGAAUGUCACACCAAUGAUAGAAAGGGGGCGGAGGCAUUGUACACAUCAUACACCAAUCAUAGAGAGGAGGCGGGGGCAUUGCACACAUCUUACACCAAUGACAUAGAGGAUGCAGCUGCAUUAGAGAAGGGAGCCUCAAUGGAGGACUUCUCAAUGGUCAUAGACUCAGACAUCUUCCGAUACCUCCGAAAGCACUGCUCGGCUGAGCACCAGAACAUACUCAACAGGCAUGGUGUAGAGGUACUGGAUGUCACCACCAGGGAUAUCACCACCCUCUAUCUGCAGCUUAAGGCUGGGGCCACUGGACGAGGGAUGGAGCGUCUAAGGCUUGCGCAUGGGGAGCUGGGCUGGCUGUACCAAGACAAAGAGGCCCAACUUCGCAAGGAGCAGUUGGCCAAGGAAAGCUUCCCCAGGUUGGGGCUCCAGCAGGCUUGUAAAGCCUUAACACAGAGGUUCACAAAGCUGCUGAUCAACGAAGACAAGUCCAAUGUCUAUCUGGUGGGCAGUGGAAGUGACGUGUCGGAGGCCAAGCAGUUCCUAUUGGAAAUGCAAGGGACAGCAAAGGAGCAGGGUCAAGAGUUAUUUCACACCUCAGGAGAUGCGUCUCUAUCCUUUCUGCCUGACACCAAGCUUAGAAAAGGAAGGGCUGUGGGGAGCAAAGAAUUCAAAAUGGCGGCCACAUUUGGGAGAACUAUGGGUUCUGAGAAACUUAAAGAUGAUGAGAUUUGGUCCAGUUUGAGUGACGUAAAGGCUCCUGAGGAUCAUCAGACAAAUAGUUUCUCGUCCACAAAACACAUUAGAAUUAAUGACCAGAAAUUAGGUAGUGGACCAAUUUCAGGGAUUACGAAUCAGAAGGUAGAAAUUUCAAGUUCCGGUCAUAGGGAUCUCCUGGAAGAUACCCUCUUCAAGAGGUAUGAACCAUCGUCCACUGCUUCCUUGUCAGGUAAACCCCUUCUGAACUUGGCACAGAACAAUGUAACCAGACCCACCAAAGCUUCCUUGUCAGGUAAACCCCUUCUGAACUUGGCACAGAACAAUGUAACCAGACCCACCAAAGCAGCAAACUUUAGUGAAUCCCAGGGCUACUCAUUGGACCAUAUGGAUCUGUCUGUGGAUAUGGCAGUUCCAACUGGCUCAGUCAAACAAUCCAAGACAAUUUCCACUCUGAGACGGUCCAACAGUUUCUCAGGGCAGGUCAGGACCAAACAAGUCGGAAAGGACAGCAGCUCAGCUGUAGACCUGUUUGGAAAGACCAAAAGAGGCGAAACUACAAGUCUUAAAUUUGACAAUCGCCCAGAGACUAGGCAAGUCUUCAGUGUAGAGCUGGUGGUGCCCUUAACUCAAUGGUUAUACACAAAGGAUGUUUUCCACAGACUGCUAGAGGAAGUAACCUCCGAUCUGCAGAUGAAGGAGAAAAAAACAUUAAACGAGGUCGUCCUCCAUCUGAGAGGGAAAGAUCCAGCCAAAGUCAGGAUGUGUCAGCAGGUGCUGGAAGAGCUGAUGGCCAAGGUAGCCGAGGACUUCUCCACCCAUGAGCUGUUGCUAACACAGCUGGGUGUGUCAGACUCGAAGAAUGAGACAGUUGAGGUGUUAUGCACCACUGUGAGAGAGACAUGGGAUAAAGUGAAAAUCAUUCCAAUGACAAAGACAAAGAGCAUUUUAAUAUUUGGUCCAAAACUGGAUUGUAUGGAUGCGAUGUCAUUUCUAAAAGAGAUGUUUCACUUAGGGACAGAGAGGGAACAGACCAUGGAAGAGAGACCCAUUAAUCUUAAGAAACCAUCUUCUGAUUCUCCAUCCAACCCUGACAUAAACACUUCAGCAGAACAUCUGAGCUCUGCCAGUAGUGACAAACAAGACCAGGAGACCACCUCUGCAACCAACAUUGCUUCAUCAGGGAGCUUGGAGGGAGUGAGCCAAUCAGAUGUGAAGAAAGCGCCUGUUUUGAAGCUUCGGUUAGGAGCAGCUGGUCCGGUAGAUGAAAAGAGUUUCAGGACAAUCAGUGCCCCCUAUAAAGCAGAGGGGCCAGUAAGAGUUAGAGAAGGAAAUUAUGGAAAUGAUGGUACAACACCAUUACCAGAGCACAGUGGUCAGAGGUUGACAGGGCCAAAGCCUGAGGAAAGCCAGAUACCUAGCAGUAGGGGACUGCAGACCCAAAAGGACCAUAUCGAAGGAAAUGCCGGUUUGUCCUGUAAAUGUGGAACCGCAGGGGCAUCUGUAUCUUGGACGGCUUGUGGAAUAGCCAUGUGCCCAUCAUGCCUGGAGCAAGUUCAUACCCUCUGCGUGGAAUGUACCAAAUCUCAUGAAGUGGAUCCACAAAGCGCCACUGCCAAAGAUUACGGGGCAAGCCGGUCCAAUGAGAAACAAGAUGUGAAACACACCGAGGUGAAGGCCAGUCCAUCUUGUGUAUGUGGAACCACAGGGGAAUUUGUGUCUAUGACUACUUGUGGUGGGGCCUUGUGCCAAAAGCACAUCCAUCCAAACUGUCCCAAAUCUAAGGAGAGUGUCGUGGGCAUCCGAGGGACCAUGACCUGCAGUGAGAUGUCCAUCAGUCUGGUUGGGCACAACAAGGAUACAACACUGAAAAUAACCUACAACAUUCCUGAUGGCAUCCAAGGGAAAGACCAUCCAAACCCUGGGGGGCCUUUCCAAGGGGGCAAAUUCCAUGCCUUCCUGCCUCUGAAUGAAACAACUCUCAGGCUUCUGCCAUCCCUGAAACGUGCCUUUCAUCGAGGCCAAACCUUCAAUGUGAGAGUAGGGGACACUUUGGAUUGGGUGACCUGGGGUAGCAUCCCACACAAGACUAGCAUCGAUGGAGGGAUUUCCAGGAAUGGAUACCCAGACUCAAGAUAUCUCAAAUGCUUAGCUGAGGCACUGAAGUCUCAGGGUAUCGAGGAGGGCUGACAAACUGCAAAGGAUCAAGACAUGAGAAAAACUAAAACUGACCGAACAGUGCUUUAAAAAUGUAAUAAUUAAAGUAGACACUAAAGUUAUACCAAAAAAAAGUAUGGUUCACAAUACAUAUUAUUCAAUGAAAAAUAGUCACAAUCAGGAAAUGUUCAUGAUAAUACCCAUGUAAUAAAGUGAAGACCCAUAUGUUCAACACAUACUGUAUAUUGGUUGAAUCAAAUGAUUAAAAUACAGAUAUCAGUUCA